AUGUCCUCCGAUCUCCCCUCACCAUCGUCAAUUACAUCACUCCCGCAGGAGCAGCAAUUCCGCGUCCUGGAUACCCUGUUCGAGUCGUCGCCUGAGCUGCAUACUCUCAUGGCCCCCGUUCUCGCAAACCAGACAUUCUCCUCCUACGCCACCCUGAUUGAUGCUGUUGGCGGUCGCAUGUCUGCUCUGUCUGCUGCCAACUCGUCCAAGGACCGCGAUAUUCUAGUGGGGAUUCUGGGAUCGCAUCCCCGCCUGGGACAGCCCAAGGGAGCUCCGACAGAGCACUUGAGCGAACUGAGCAAGAAGGAACAAGCGAAUCUGAAUACCGGAGCAGAGGAACAAGCGGAGAAGCUGAAACGUAUGAAUGCUGAGUACGAGCAAAAGUUCCCUGGCUUGCGGUUUGUUACUUUUGUAAACGGUCGCAACCGGGAUGUCAUCAUGGAGGAGAUGCGUGAGAGGAUUGACCGGGGCAAUGCCGAUCGUGAGGUGGAGGAGAUUAUACAGGAUCGGGCGCGGAAACUGGAGCAGUCCGCUAAGAUAUAG